AUGGCAUCUUCUGGUGUUGAAAUUGCGUCUUCUUCACCGUUUGGUUGUGUUCUGAGAGAUCGUAAUCAUCGCGAUGCGUAUCGAGAGAGUAGCAAAGUUAAAGCAACGCAUGGUGCUUUUCAAAGAAACAUUAAGAACUUUGUUAUGGAUCAUCUUAACACGUGCAUUUCCAUGUCUUCUGAUUCUCAAACAACAAAUGAAAACAAGAACGAGGGUCAAAUCAAAAGCAACAAAAACAAUGAUGAUGGUUCUACUUGGGUUUCGAAACCUGGCAACAAUCUUGCGAAGAUUCGUUUGACAAGAAACAGUCCCAAUGAUAUUAUCAACAACAAGAAAGAUGAAUCGAGUUUGGCUUCGUUGAUUAGCCCGAGGCAUUCGCAGCUUCUUGAUCGAUGGGCUGCGAAGCAAGCUCGUGAGAUGGUGUCGACGUUGGAGAAGGAGGCUGAGUUGUUGUCCAUAGAUAACGCCAAUGACGACGUGCCUGUGAGGACAACUAGUUCUACUACAUCUGAUGAAUGUUCUUCAGAGAUACCGAACCUUGGUGCGUCUUCGCUUGUUCAGAUAUGGGAAAAGAGGCUUAACAAAACAAGUGGUACUAAGCCCAAUACUCCAAUGGAGAAAACAAGUCCAAAUGGUGGUACAAGUGCGACUUGCAACAAUGAGAAUGUGUUUGUUGGGGUAGAACAAAGAGGGUCGGAAAUUGGAGAGUGUCUUGAAGGACAGUUAUUAGGGAACGAAGAAAAUGAUUCUUCGUUUCCUGAUUGGGAGUCUGAUAAGACAGGUGAUCAAGGUGAUCAAGGUGAUCAAAGUAGGUGGUGUUCAUCGGAGAGUGAUAGAGUCAGUGUUGCUGAUAUCAUAAAGAAACUCACUGCUACUACGAGCCAAACUCAGAGUCCAUCUCCGUAUAUUGGCGAUGAAAAUGACAAUGAAGGGUGUGGUGGUAAUAGCAGUGUGGCAUGUUCUCCUUGUAAAGAUUUUGCACCAGAACUUUCUGACCAAAAGGUUACUUGUUCACCGCGAAUUAGAGGACGCCUAGCCUUCACUGAUUUGUUUAUGCAGUUGGAGAAAGAUCGACAUGGGGAGCUAAAGAACCUGGCCGAACGUGGAACCGUCUCCAAGUUCACACAAAGAGGUCGCAUUCAGGCAUUACUUCGACAUAAAUCGUUACAACGAGGCGUGGCAGCUAAUAUUCUAUCGGACCAGAAAUCAACAUCAUCUGAAGUAAGCAAACUAGUACAACCACAGGGAUCUGCAAUUAUGCAACUAAGGGAAAAAUUUAUCAAUGGUGUGGAACAAAGAAGUACAGUUGAGGCAGAAGUAGUGAAGACACGAAAUGCUCGCAAGGUGAUAGGAAACAACAUCAGACAAUUAGAAAACUCUUCCACCACUGAUCAACUCAGCAAAGACGCAAGCAGCGAGAUUGCUCAUGGAACUACGAGUCACGCCAUUAAGACUCAGAAUAAGUAUGCCAAGGAAACUUCUGAGGCAGCUAAGCCGGUGACUGAUUCAAAUGUUAAUGAGAAAGAGGAAGAGGAAACAAGCCGGGAAUGUAAUGACACCGGUUAUGAUUAUGCAGCAGACGAGGAGGGAAGUAACCAGAACUAUGCGGAAAGCAGUUGGGAAGAGAUGGUGGAAGAGAACUAUGAUGAAAAUAGUUAUGACUGGUUCAGCGAAAUUUCUCGGCCGAGAAGCUAUUGGGAAGAGCGAAGGCAAGCUUGGUAUAAAGAGAUGCAAGACACCGGUUCUCCAAACGACGAUAUACAAGUGCUUCUUCAAAGAAGGACAGUGUCGACUUUCCUUUCGAGUGACUUCCGAGAAAAAAUGGACAGAUUAAUGCAUUCUCAUAAGGGAACACAAACACAUUUUGUCACUAGUCCGGACGAUGAGAUAGACAACGAAGCGCUGAUGGAGUUUUUCAAAGAACACCUGCAACCUGAAAGAACUCCUCGAGAAAACAAAAUAGAGAAGACGGUAGAUGAAGAAGAGGAAAUGGUAAACGAGCAAGAAGAAGAAGAGGAAGAGAAGCAAGAUGAAAAAGAGCAUGAAGAGGAGCAAGGAGGGGAGAGUUUGGUAAGCGAUUCGUAUCAUGAAGUCGGAGACUAUUCAUAUCGAUCCUCAUCAUGGAGUUAUAGAGACAAUGAAGCUGGUGACGAUUUCGAUAGAAUUCCUUCUACAUCUUCACAACAACCUUUUCAGUCUCCGUCUUUCUAUCACGAAAAUACUCCGCAAAACUCCUCGCCUAUCAACCAUCAUUCAAUUGAAAUGGAAAUCAUAUAUGAUAUGAGAGGACACAUGGAGCAACUUUAUCAAGAAAUGUCUGAACUAAGAAAAUCAAUAAAGAGUUGCAUGGAUAUGCAUAUGCAGAUGCAGUUACAGGAAAAGAAGUCACAUAACAAAGCUGAUAAGAAAGGAAACUGCUGCGUUUGCAAUGAGAUGAAAGCUGACUCAGUUUUUUACAGGUGUGGACACAUGUGUGCAUGUCUGAAGUGUGCCAAUGAGUUACAAUGGAAGAAUGGAAAAUGUCCAGUAUGUAGGGCAAAAAUAGACGAUGUUAUUCGAGUGCAUGUUGAAGCAUAG